UAUUUCGCCUUUGAAAGUUGGCCCUAGUCAUGACUAAAUCCUGGGUCCGCCACUGGAUUCGAAGAAAACAACUAAACAAGAGAAAAGGUGCCGGAUUUCGUAAAUGCUGAUAGAGACGACGUGUUCCUUGUCCCUUUUUUCCUCACCUACCUCCCCCUCCCAGGUACGGCGCCACCCUCGGGCCGUCGGCGGCCACGGCGCCACCGCCACGACCCUGGUGUAGUCUGUUGCAUACGUGGCGCCUGCAAAAGCCUCGCUGCUGCCAGCCAUGGAUGCAGUGGCCAGCGACGCCGUACUCUUCCUCCUUGCCGUCACUAUCUCCCUGCUCAUCACCACUGCCACUGUCUGGAACAGGCGUCGUGAGGGGCACGACGAUGGCGCGCCAAGCCCGCCGUCGCUACCGCUGCUCGGCCACCUCCACCUGCUCAGCAAGCCGCUACACCACUCGCUGGCCGCGCUCGCCGCCGCGCACGGCACUGGGACUGGGUCCGGGGCCACGGCCACCCCGGCGCCGCUCCUGUCGCUGCGCCUGGGCGCGCGGCGCGCGCUGCUGGUGUCCGGGCACGCCGCGGCCGAGGAGUGCUUCACGGCGCACGACGCCGCGCUGGCGGGCAGGCCGCGGCUGCUGGUCGGCGACAGGCUCAACUACGGGUACACCACGGUGGGGUGGUCCUCCCACGGCGACCACUGGCGCGCCCUCCGCCGGUUCCUCGCCGUCGAGCUCUUCACGGCGUCCCGCCUCGCCGCGCGCGCCGCCGACCGCCGCGCCGAGGUCGCCGCGCUCGUCGCCACCCUGCUCCGUGACGCCGCCGCCGACGCCGCCGCGGUGACGCUCCGGCCCAGGCUCUUCGAGCUGGUGCUGAACGUGAUGCUGCGCGCGCUCACCGGCGCGCCGCCGCCCGGGCACGGCGGCGGCGACGUGCGCGGUCUCCAGGAGAUCAUAGAGGAGACCUUCGCGGUGACCGGCGUCAUGAGCGUCGGGGACUACUACCCGGCGCUGCGGUGGAUCGACCGUCUGCGCGGGGUCGAUGCCGCUCUGAUCCGUCUCCAGGCGAGACGCGACGCGUUCGUCGCCGGCCUCGUUCACGACAAACGCCAAAGUCGCACAGCCGGUGGCCGAGACGCGGAGAAGAAGAGCACCAUUGAUGAGCUCCUGUCGCUGCAAGAAACUGAUCCUGAGUACUACACUGACACUGUCAUCAAAGGCAUCGUCUCGAUACUGCUCAGUGCCGGCACAGACACAUCGGCACUGACCCUUGAGUGGGCAAUGGCGCAGCUGCUGACGCACCCGGAAGCGAUGCUGAAGGCGAGAGCUGAGAUUGACGCCAACGUCGGCAGAUCCCGGCUGGUGGAGGAGUCAGAUAUGACGAACCUCCCAUAUCUGCAAUGUGUGAUCAAGGAGACUCUCCGGCUCUGUCCUGUCGGCCCGGUAAUCCCAGCGCAUGAAGCUAUGGAGGACUGCAGCGUCGGUGGGUUCCAUGUCCGGCGCGGCACCAUGAUCCUCGUGAACGCUUGGGUGAUCCAUCGGGACCCCAAAUUGUGGGAGGCGCCUGAGGUGUUCAGGCCGGAGCGGUUCUUGGACACUGCCAUGGUGACCAUGGUCACCGCACCGUUGCUGCCGUUCGGGCUUGGACGGAGACGCUGCCCUGGGGAGGGGAUGGCAAUGCGAGACGAGGCAUCGUCAGUGAACAAGGAGAGCCCAGAGCAGCAGCAGCAGCUUACCAGGGACGAAGACGGCGCGACGUGGCUGAACCUCACGCUGGGCGCGAGCGAAUCGCCCUCGCCGGACGCGGCGGCGGCUGCUGCAGCCGCGAGCUGCUCCGCCGAGUCUGGGUCCGGGUCCGGGUCGGAGCCCGGCGCCAACAAGCCGUCCGCCGCCGGCGCCGCCCCGCACAAGGUGUUCUCCUGCAACUUCUGCCUGCGCAAGUUCUUCAGCUCGCAGGCGCUGGGCGGGCACCAGAACGCGCACAAGCGGGAGCGGAGCGCCGCCAAGCGGUCGUACCACGCGCAGCGGAUGAUCGUGGGCCUGCCGCUGCACGCGCACGCCGCGCUCAUGCACUCGCUCCGGGUCAACCCGGCCUCGUCGGCGAUCCACAAGCAGGCGGCGCCGAUCAGAACGGCGCCGGCGAGGUUCCUCGAGGACGGCGGCGGCGUGGCGGCGGCCGCCUGGGGCACGAUCGCCUGCGAGGAGGUGGCGCCCAGUUCGGCGUGGCCUGGGAGCUUCAGACUGAGAGCACAACACUCGUCGGAGCAUGAGCAAGCGUCUGAGCAGAGUAAGAUCGACUUGAACCUCAGGCUGUGAAUUCUGAUAUGGAGGCUGGUUGGCUGAAGUGCAUGAGUUCAUCAAGGUUCAUCUGCUGAAUAAAACUGGUCUGGAGAUGUGAUCAGGUUCAGCUGAUUUGUUAUGAAAAACAGAAAGUAUUGGCUGAUUUGUUAUGAAAAAAAAAAGUUGCUGAAUGGCUAGCAAAUUUGGCUGACAAACUCAAGCGAACAAGCAUGGUGGUACUGAAUUUUGGACAGAUUGGUGUUGUUUAUGAGUUGCUGUUAGAAUUAUUUAAUGGUACUGCAAAUUAGUAUUUCUGUAGCUGGAAACUGUACUUAGCUCUAUUGACAUCAGUGAGAAGAACUCGUUGAUUCUGCACUUUCUA